UUUAUGUUGGCUUUUUGCCAUCACUGGCAAGUCGACACCAUGCUGUCGUUCUUACCGCAUCCAAUUCAGGCUCUUCCGAGACCUUUGGUACUGGCGAGAACCUCUCAAGGCCCCGUCCAUUCUCGUGGCUUUGCUCCAAGACCACUCGAUCAACAUAUCGCUGUCGCGAGCUGUGCAGCCCUGGCCACAGCCAGGCGACGGGUGCACCGACAAGCCAGCGAAGGAAAGUUCUAUCAACUCGAGGGUGAUGCCUCCAGUGAGCUUGUCCCUGCUGGCUUUGGGCCUCUAGGCGUGGUGGUGGGUGGCUGGAGCGAUGAAGAGCUGGAAACCCUGGUAGGGCCACUCUUGGAGGAUGCCUUUGCUGAAGGCGCCGCUUCCACGGUCCCCGUGCGCGUGCUGGCGAAGGCUGACAUGGAUUGCACCCUCGAGGAGGUCCUUGCAAGCCUUCCCGAGAUGGAUGCCGUGCUCCCUGACCAUGGCAGCGAAGCUCCAGUGGCCCGGCCGGUCUGCGUCUUCAGCGGUUGGCCCCCAGAGAAGAUGCUCAUGGCAGUGAGGCGCCUUCGCCAGGCGCCGAAUCGGCGCGCGCGACAUUGGCUCACAGAACAACCGGGCGCUUGGGGCAGCCACGGUUCCAGUGCCAUUGAUGAUGGUAUACCGCGUUUUUGCGGGAUCGAGAUGGAACCAACAUGCCAUGUCGAGAAGCCCUGCAUGGCAGCCAUGGCGGUGCCUCGUGCCAUGCAGAAGAAGAUGAAGCAACUUUUGGAAGAGACGCACAGAAGCGAAAUGUGGGAAAUCCAGAGGUUCCGCAGAGAGAUGGACCUACAGAAGUUGCUGCCUAUGUUUUUCGGUCUCUAGGAGAUGUAGCUUGUCUCAGCAAAGCAGAUUGAUAUGUGCAGUCAUGCAGGAUAGCCAAGUGCUUCUGGCCUCUGAAUGGGAUGACAUGGGCGGGGAAGUUGCCAGGGAGUGGCUCGUCAUGAAUCCAAAGCCAGGGAUGCUAGCAUGCGUAGUGGCUAUGGAGCCGACUGUCGUCCGCUCACCUGCAAGGGGUGUGCGGGCGAUACUACCACUGGCCUAGCGAAGACGACUGGCGUCCUGAGCAAAUUUGGUGGCAGAUAUCAUCGGAUGACUUGAACUCGUGAAGCUGCGGAAGUGAGCGCAGCACAUUGUGAGGUAUAUAUAUAUAUUAUGGUAUUUAG